UGUCUGGGUGGGAAGGUGGAAGCGCCGAGACUGUCAGUUGCCUUGCCUUGGUUUCGUCGGUUGGUCACUGGCGUCCUCGCUCGGUUUUCGCGAACUGCUUUUUUGUGAAAUGCGUAAAGAAGUGUAACGGUUAAUGGUGCUGAUAUGUAAUGUCUAUUUUUGUCUGCCAAUUCAGCGAGAAAUAACAGAUGAUUUCUGCAUUUUGGAUAUAAUAAUACCAAAAGACUUUGAACGCUAGUGACUCGACUAGAAGUAUUUUUAAGAAGAAAGUAAUCAAUCUGAUAAUAAUGAAGAUCCAAGACAAACUCCUCGUAUUUUCCAUUGUGAUGUUCGUGGGCGGAGGAAUGACUGAUCUUCAUGCCGCGGCAUCGGCGGCGGCAACCCCCGGCGGCACGGGCGAGCACAACGCAGAAGGCGGCGAGGCCCUGGGCGGCCUGGACCCGGCGGGCCUGUCGCAGCUGCGCCGGGCGGUCCGCCAGAUCGUGUCCGAGCAGUCGCAGGUCAAGCCGGCCAACUCAUCAGGGUCGAGGACGCGCGAGGUCUAUGACUUUACAAGGUCCUUCCACGUGGGAACGAGCUGCCAUGACAUCCAGUCCACGCAAGGCGCCACCAGGUCAGGCAUCUACCUCAUCCACCCGCCCAACCUGGUGCAGGGGCCGUGGAAGGUCUUCUGUGACCUGGAGAGCGAGGGCGGAGGCUGGACCGUCUUCCAGGUUCGAGACGAUGUUGAGCCGCACGAAAACUUCAUGCGAGGCUGGGAGGACUACAAGGUCGGCUUCGGAGACUUCGACCGGGAGUUCUGGCUCGGGAACAUCCUCCUCUGGUCACUCACAAACGUGGACAACGAAACCAACUAUGAGCUUCACAUCGAGCUGGAGGACUGGUCGGGCAACAAGAGGUUCGCAAGGUAUCGAGGCUUCCGCGUCGGCUCGGAGCGCGAUGCCUACCGACUGUACCAUGCGAACGUCUACUUCGGUAAUGCAGGUGACUCCCUCUACUCGCACAAUGGACUCCCAUUCUCCACCUUCGAUGUAGAUAAUGACAAUCGGGAUGGAGAUUUCGUGGAACGCAGCUGUUCACGGUUAUAUAAGGGUGCGUGGUGGUACGGUAACUGCCACGAUGCGAACCUGAAUGGCUGGUACCUGGGGGGCCCUCACAGAUCCUUCGCCGACGGUGUCAAUUGGUACACGUGGACGGGGUACAAUUACUCUCUGAAGCGCACCGUUAUGAAGUUCAGGUAG